AUGGCAGCAAUGGGAGCAAACCAAUUCAACAGUGUGAAGGAUCAAGAGGCUUUUAUUAAUUGGUAUGUGAUCAUUUCGUAUGGCUCUACAGUGACAGGUGCCACAAUUGUUGUCUAUACUGAGGAUAAUGUAAGUUGGGCACUUGGGUUCGGCCUAUCUGCUGUCGCUAACAUUGUUGGCUUAGCAGUUUUCUUCUUGGGAAGUCAUUACUAUCAUCAGAUUAAGCUGCAGGGGAGCCCAUUUACAAACUUAGCUCGCGUCAUCAUUGCAGCAAUUCGAAAAAGGAAAGUUCCACUUUCUUCCAAAAUAGAAGAUUACUACUGUGGGCACAAGGCAGUGCAAAUAGAGGUUUUGGCACCAACUAAAAGCUUGAGGUACCUUAAUCAUGCAGCUUUAAAGAUAGAAGGAGAAACCCGAUCGGAUGGCUCCAUUGCAAAACCAUGGAGCCUUUGUUCAACACAGAAAGUGGAGGACCUCAAAACCUUCUUGAGGAUUUUCCGUUGUUGUCAAGUGCCAUUUUCUUAAGCACUCCAAUUGCAGUCCUAAGUAGUUUGACAAUCCUCCAAGCUCUUACUAUGGACCGUCACCUUGGACCACAUUUCAAAAUUCCAGCAGGGUCAAUGAUAGUCUUUAUAUUAGCCUCUACUGCAGUAUUUCUUGCUUUCAUUGAUUGACUGGUAUACACAAUUUGGCAGAAACUGAAUCAUUGAUCACCAACUCCAGGCCAUGUGUUCAAUGUGUUAGGCAUGGCUGUUGCAGGUCUGUUUGAGUCAAAAAGGCUUAAAGUAGCACAAACCCACCACCUUGUAAACCAGACUGGUUGUGUUGUUCCCAUGUCAGUCUUCCGGCUGGUGCUGCAGUUGGCUGUGAUUGGGUUUGGAGAAGCAUUCCAUUAUCCAGGACAAGUAACAUUAUACUACCAAGAAUUUCCAAAAUCACUACGAAGCACAGCAACUGCUAUGAUUUCACUGAUUAUGGGAAUUGCAUACUAUGUAAGCACUGCAUUCGUUGAUCUAUUGCAGAAGAUUACAGCAUGGUUACCAGACAACAUAAACAAAGGCAGGCUAGAUUAUGUCUAUUGGAUGUUCCCUCUGCUAGGGGCACUGAACUUCGGUUAUUUUCUAAUACGUACCAAGUUUUACAAGUAGCAGAAUGUGUCAAAAGGGAAUGAUGGUUACAACUCCAAUAGAUGAGGUAAGAUUUGGAUGGGCUUAUAUAUAUAUAUCUGAAGUUGUGGAGCUCCAAAUUACCAUUUGCUAGUGUGUCAGCAACUUAUUUCAUAAUAUCAAAGCACAAACAACUUAUGUGAGGAUUAAUCUCAAGGGAUUUUCCAUUAUCCAUCUUCAUCCAAAACCACUACUUUCUAUCAUAACUCUGAACUAUAUGUCAUUAUUUAUGUCUGCACUGUAGUAUGAUCAGUCAAAGCAUAAUACAUCUGGCUGUGAAGCUUUUAUAAAUUACCUUUUCUUUCAA